AUGGUCAACGUUCCCAUGACCCACGCACUUCAUGACUUAGCCGCGGCCUUCUUAUCCAGCCUUCAUCAAGUCCGUGAUGUUGGGGCCGGGAAACCCUUUCCCUCAAAUAAAUACCGUUUCCCCGGUGGCCAAGGGGACGCAGCCAAGUUUCUCCACGGCAAAGAGAACAGUGUGAAAUGGGAGUCAGAGUACGGGCCCAUCUACCGUAUAUGGUCAGGUCCAAAUCCUGAAGUUGUUCUGACAAGGCCUGAAGACGUGCAGCAAGUCUUCAAAGAUUCAGACAGACACAUCAAAGCGGUCAAUAAUAACUCCGGGUAUCUACUUGGACAGCUACUUGGAAAAUGCGUUGGUCUCGUGAGCCAGGAUGAAUGGAAACGAGUCAGAGAGGUCUCAGAAGUUGCAUUCGUACGAAGCACGGUACCUAAAUACUUGGAAACCAUCCAGAAGCGAACUGUACGCCACUUCAAGACCCUUGAAUCCGGCGAGAACUUGGCCAACGGAGUCAUCGAUCCAGCAGCCGACCUGAAGAUGCUCCCUUUUUGGAUCAUCGCUGACGUGCUCUACGGAAGUUUAUCAAAGGAAAUGGAAGACUCUCUUGCUAAACUUGCACCUCUGCGCGAGGGCAUAUUUCGCAAGGUCAUGCAAGGCGACGACCUAUCCAGAUUCAAUUGGUCACGGUUUUUCCCGACCAUAACCAACAAAUCUCUUAAGUCAUUUAAAGAGCAGUGGAAUGGAUUUAAUAAGGACGCCCUUGCUCGAGCUGUCUAUGUUGGAUCUAGUCCACCGGUUGUGGACCUCUAUAAUGCUGUGGCCUCCGGGACAAUGUCCCAGGAUCAUCUCUUGCACACACUCGAUGAGAUUCUCUUUGCCAAUCUAGAUGUUACAUUGGGGGCUAUUUCCUGGAACCUUGUGUUUUUAGCUGCCAAUCCUAAACAUCAAUGUUAUAUCCUUGAUGAAGUACGAGAAUGGAAGCAAAGCCCAAAGGGAGGAGAUUUCAACAACUACUUCACAGACUCAACCACCUAUCUAUCGGCAUGUAUCUCAGAAUCAUCCCGACUACGGCCCCUCGCUGCCUUUUCUGUUCCGCAGGCAAUUCCAACAGACCGUGUCAUCAAUGGGUAUCUUUUCCCCGCUGGCACCAACUUCAUCGUCGACGCAUAUGCUCUGAACCAGCGAAACCAGUUCUGGGGAAAAGACGGUCUUGAAUAUCGCCCAGAGCGUCAUCUAUCUUUAAGUCCAGUCAAAGCCAGGUAUCAAUUUUGGAGGUUCGGUUUUGGGCCGCGGCAGUGUAUGGGAAGGUUUGUGGCGGAUGUGAUGUUGAGAGUAAUUCUGGUUCAUUUAGUAGAGGGCUAUGAAUUGCAACUUACCGAUGACCAAGCCGAAGAAUGGAAGAGGGAUCCCGACACUUGGAUCAAUCACCCGGAAAUGAAGUUGAAGUGCAUAGUCAGACAGAAAAGUUAG